ACACACUCCGAUGCAGUAGGUGGUGGUAUGCACGUAAUCGUUGGUUCGCAACCCGCCAGAAGCCGAGGAAGAAGCAGGACUAGGACGACGGGAGCUGUUAGGUGGCCGUGCGAGUACGUGCGUUUUUAACGAGGAUAGUGACCGCCUAUAUACAAUGUGAAGUAGCUUAGAGUAACCUUAUUGGGUUUUGUAAACCGUCUGUCUGUGGAGCCAUAAAUGCACGGGGAUAAGUUGGCUAACUCAGGUAAAAGUUGAACAUUGAACAGCAGAUGCCAAGUGCUGACCGAUGGGGGUGAGCCGAUUGGAUGUAUUUUACAGAAGGCUGCUCCUCACCAAACUCUUCAUUGGAGGAUGGGGGAAACCUGAAGACCUCAAGAGAAUCUUUGAGUUCCGCAAAAUCAUCGGAGACAGAGACAAGUGCAAGUCUCUGGUGCCUAUGAACUAUCCAGUUUACAUAAACAAGACAGAGGAGCACAGUGAAUGUUACAUUCAUGAUGGGUUCUUCAUCUCUCCUCUGGAGCACUUUAUUCCUGGAAUCCUACCACCAGAGGCUGUCAAAGCCAGGUUCCAGUUUAUAGUUCCUAAAAGGUGGCAGAAGAAUAAACCAGUAUGUAUCCACCUGGCUGGAACUGGAGACCAUCAUGGCUAUCGUAAACCCAAAGACCAAAUGCGGUCCAGUUUAAAGAAUGUGUCCGACCUGUUUGUGAUGGGAGGGGCUUUGAUCCUGGAGUCAACGGUGCUUCUUCAUUGGCUGGAGCGACAAGGAUACUGGCCAGUAGGAAUGACUGGCAUUUCCAUGGGAGGAUAUAUGGCGUCAUUGGCUGUGACAAAUUGGCCAAAGCCCAUUCCUUUGAUUCCUUGUUUGUCCUGGUCCACCGCCUCUAGUGUCUUUACCACGGGUGUGCUGAGUAAAGCGGUGAACUGGAGAGAGCUGGAGAAGCAGUAUGCCAUUAACUCUGUGUAUGAAGAGGAAAUCAUUAACCUGCUGGAGUACUGUGGGGCGGAUUCCUUCAAGAUGGGUCCAGAACUUGUCAAGAAUGUAGACUCUUUUGAGCAUCUGCUGGGUCUGCCUGGAGCUGACAGAGCGUCAGUUGGCCAGUCCCCCAAAGACAGAGGGGAAGCUGAGGCUGUACAAGGCUUGUUGGUUGAUGGAGGCCCUGAUGGCACUGGGCCUGGAGACAGAAUAGACCACUUAUUUUCAUCACUGAACGGCCAUGGGACACGCUUGGAAACUCUGCCAAGGAACCUUCAUGCAAGUAACACACUACUUGCAAAGAGGACAGAUUCAGCCAAAUGGUGUCGUCCGUCAUUACACAGGGACUCCAUGAGCUUCAUGAAGGGAGUGAUGGACGAAUGUACACACAUGGCCAACUUCUCUGUUCCUGUAGACACCAGUCUGAUCAUCGUGGUCCAGGCUAAAGAGGAUGCCUACGUCCCUCGUACGGGGGUCCUCAGUCUCCAGGAGAUCUGGCCAGGAUGUGAAGUCAGAUAUCUGAAUGGAGGACACAUCAGCGCAUACCUGUUUAAACAGAACGUCUUCAGACAGGCCAUAUACGAUGCAUUCAACAGAUUCUGCCUCAAGUAUCCCAAGCUGCACUAGCCAUCGCGGACAGAAGCCCCUUUCCUUCCUGUAACAGUGCCAGGACCAGUGGCUGAACAUUGGAAAAGCAUUGCCAGUCCACCAAUUAGCAAUCUCAGCAUGAAGUAUGGCAGCUAAGAUCUCUUCUACCGAAACAUAAUCUGAGAUUUACAGGCAGUCCUUAAAGGUCAGCUCAGCACAGUGACUUUGUUAUUCUUUCCAUUUCCUACUUGGUUUGUGCCUUGGUAAACAAAUGUCCUGUAACUGACUGAAACUGUAGCAAUAUCAACAAUAUUGUGAAAAGCUCCUGCCAGUACGUGGUUUUAAAAGGACCGCUCAGACCUAUAGUUCCACUUUGUAAGCUGGUGUUAAUCGAUGGUAACACUGUAAUUUUCACUGAUUCAUUGUUGAGCACCAGCAGGCUGGAUGUGCCCAUCCUGAUAUGGCUGUGUAAGGAACAUUUCACCAUUUCACCAAACAUGACAAAUUUCACAAUAAUGGAAAUGAAACAUUAAUUUUACAAUGCUUAAUUUUCAAAAAUUCAAACUUUUUGGAGCUUUUUUUCUGCAAUAACCAUUCAAUUCAUCUACAUUCAGUAAUUAAGUCUACAUACACUGCUCAAAAAACUAAGGGAACAUUUUAAUCACACAUCACAUCUUGAUCAAAUUAUUCAAGCAGAAAAUCUUCACUAAUGUACAGUGUAUAACUUGUUCAAAACAAAAUGACAUGGUAAUGGUCAACGUGAAACCAAAAUCAUCAACCCAUGGAUAGCUGGAUUCAUAUUCACAAAAUGUAAAUCCCAGGUUCAUCCAAGUUGCAUACAUUUUAACGCAGCAACCCACAGUGUGACUCAGAAGUGUGUAUGGCCCCCAUGUGCCUAUAUGCAGUGGUGUCCCAGGGGAUCUCCUCCCAGACCUGGGUCAGAGCAUCACUGAGCUCCUGGACUAUCUGUAGUGGUACUUGGUGGCAUCAGAUGCAUGGAUACAUAAUGUCCCAUAGGUGCUCAUGUGGAUUUAGGUCAGGGGGACGUGAGGGCCAAUCAAUGGCAACAAUGUCUUCAUCAUCCAGGAACUGCCUACACACUCUGGCUACAUGAGGCCGGGCAUUGUCCUGGGCCAGGAGGAACUCGGGGCUGAUUGUACUAGUGUAAAGUCUGACAGUCGCUCUGAGGACUUCAUCCUGGUACCUGACUGCUGUCAGGGCACCGCUGGCUAUGACAUGGAGGUCUGUGCGGCCCUCCACUGCCUCAUGCUACCAGUAGUGACAAGGACACUAGCCAAACACAAAA